GGCCCUUAUUUCACACUCCCAGACUCAGACACAUAUUCUCUCUCUAUUUCUCUCACUACCAUAAACCGAGAAGAGAUCGAUCAUUUCCAAAUAUUUAAAACCCCAAAACCCAACCAAAAACAAAAACAAAAACAAAAACAAAUACCACAGUACCACCACAACUCUCCUUUUUCCUCCAUUUUUAUCCAUCCAUCCACCCAGUCUCUCUCACUCUCACUCUCUUCUUAAACCCCUCUUUCAUUUCUCUUCCUUCCUCAGAUCUCUCUCUCUCUAUCUCCGCCCGGUUCUCAUGGCUUUGAUGAUAGACAAUUGCGGCGAAGGCAUACUCCUCUCUCUAGACUCCCACAAAUCUGUCCCGGCUCCGUUCCUGACCAAAACGUACCAGCUCGUCGACGAUCCCGCCACCGACCACAUCGUCUCUUGGGGAGAAGACGACACCACCUUCGUCGUCUGGCGCCCUCCGGAGUUCGCCCGCGACCUCCUCCCUAAUUACUUCAAGCACAACAACUUCUCCAGCUUCGUCCGCCAGCUCAAUACCUAUGGUUUCAGGAAGAUAGUGCCGGACAGGUGGGAGUUCGCCAACGAGUUUUUCAAGAAAGGCGAGAAGCAUUUGCUGUGCGAGAUCCACAGGCGCAAGACGGCUCAGCCGACGCAGCUCCCCAUCAACCAUCACCACCACGGCCACCACCAGUACCCGCAUUCGCCUCUCGGGAACCACCACGUCGUCACCGGUCCCGGCUUCUUCCCCUUCCAGCCGAGUCGUGGAAGCAACUCUCCUUCCGACUCCGACGACCAGUUUCCCAACUGGUGCGACUCGCCGCCGCCACUCGUGUCCUCUCCACCUUCAGGCGGUGGUGGUCCUCUCAAUACCAGCUACUGCAGUAAUGUUGCAACCAACACUGUGACAGCUCUAUCGGAAGACAACGAGAGGCUGAGGCGGAGCAACACCAUGCUUAUGUCCGAGCUCAACCACAUGAGAAAGCUAUACAACGAUAUCAUCUACUUCGUUCAGAACCAUGUCAAGCCUGUCGCUCCAAGCAAUUCUUACCCAGGUUCUCUACUUCUUUGCAACCCAUCACAAAACACACUCAAUACCAACUCUUCCGCCGCCAUAAACAAGCCUCUGAACCAGGUUCUGGGGUACUACCACGGUAACCCUAAACAAAACCAACCACAUCACCAGCCCAUGGCCCAUGUGAUGAUGAUGAACAACAACAACGUUUCGUCACCAACAACCACCACCACGUCCAAGAGUACUAGCUCGGUGACUAUUAUUGAAGACCGGCCCGGUAAUAUUAGCAACAACAAUGGGUGCAAGACCAAACUGUUUGGGGUUCCACUGCUGCAUUCUAAGAAGAGACUGCACCCGGAGUACAACAACGGCUCGAAUCACAUGGCCAUGGAAGCAAGUAAGACGCGUUUGAUUUUGGAAAAGGAUCAUGAUUUAGGUCUCCACCUCAUGCCCCCAUCCACAUGCUAGUCAGCUACUUAAAUUAGAAAGGUCUCGUCUUUUUCUCCAAAACCCAUCAAAUCAAAUUAAAUUACUUAUCUUUAAAGGUUUCAUCUUUUUGGUCCUAGUUUUUUUGUUUGCUUGUAUUCUGGGUCUGAUCAUGAGAUAUGUGUGGGUGUUUGUGGUGAGUGUCGUAGCUAGUCUGUAUAUAUAUGACUUUUAGUGCCGGUAAUUUCCCCACCGCCAUGAAUGCAGGUGUGGGUUUUGGGUAGAGUGAUCGAUGAUCGAUAUAUUAUCAAGAUCUUAUCUUGAAGGUUUUAGUUUCAAAAUUUUAUAGCCUUUGUUGGAUUUGCAGUGGGGCUAUUAUUUGCUCUCGAUUUUUGAAUAUAUUUCUCUCUUUCUUCUUGUUCUU